CGUGCGGUUCCCUGCCGCGCCGCCGGGGGGCGCUGCGGUGCCGCAGCAGCGCAGACCAGCACACAGCGUUUGUCUUUGAACCUCUUUGGCGUGCGAGCGCGUGAGCAGGACGAGCGGCUGAUGUCACCUCGCGUGAGACUUUACAGUCAUUUAAACUCCCCGUUUGUUUGUUAUCGGCGUGUUUGUCAGCCGCGCCGGUUUGGACGCAAUUAGCUGCUGUUGUUGUUGUUGUUGUCUGUGAGCUAGCCGACAAGCUACAGUAAGCUAACCCUACUAGCCGGCUAGCACGUUAACCACUUUCAAUACAAUGUGACAAACAAACCAAGCAAACGGCUCCUCUUCUCCUGCAGGAGCUCCUUCACACAAUGACUCCCACUCGGUUCUAUUUAAAAUAAAUCUAAAUACAUUUAAAGUAAAUCCUUUCGGACCGGAAGCCUCGUUUCAUGCCGCUAAAUGCUGAAAAAGUCUCAAAUGUGACUCUAUCGACACCAGCUGGCCGUCCGUCCACGGGCCGAUCUGACGACGUCCCCGUUUUCAGCACUUUGUGCCGUUAUUUUUCUCUCCUGAUCAAGAAGCUGCGGAGCUUCGUCACGAUGCGGCGACUCUUGACCAGAGUCCUGAACCGGGUUCUGCUGAGCGGGCCGGUCGCCCCGGCGAUGCGCGUCGAGGCGGAGAUGCACACGGAGGGCCGCCGGAGGCUGGUGGUGGGGUUGGGCAACCCGGGCAUGGAGGGCACCCGGCACAGCGUCGGCAUGGCGGUGCUCGGCGCGCUCGCCGCCAGGCUCGGCGCCGCCGACCGUUGGCGCGGCGACGGGCGCGUGUCCGGCGAGGUGGUGGUGUCAGAGGUGGAGCGGACGCACGUGGUGCUGCUCCGCCCGCGGCUGCUGAUGAACGUCAACGGCGUGUCGGUGGCCAAAGCGGCUGGUAAAUUUGGUAUCAAGCCCGAGGACAUCGUGCUGGUCCACGACGAGCUGGACAAGCCUCUGGGGAAAGUGGUCAUCAAGCACGGAGGAAGUGCCAGAGGUCACAACGGCGUCCGUUCCUGUGUCGACUGUCUGCAGACGGAUGUGAUGCUCCGCCUCCGCGUCGGGAUCGGGCGCCCGCAGGGGAAGACGCCGGUGGAGCGGCACGUCCUCGGCCGCUUCUCCUCUGAGGAGAGGAAGGUCCUGGAGUCCGUUCUGGAGCAGAGCGUGGACCUCCUCCUCGCCCAGCUCUCCCCCCCUCCCUCCGCCUCCUCCUCGCCAGCAGGGGGCGGGAGGGAGAGCUCCAAGACGUGAAGCUCUGGCAGGGAGAAGACCUUCACUAUUUCAGAAUAAAAGUCUCCUCUGUGCAGCACAUCGGAUGAAACAAACCAGGGAUUUGCUCAACACGUGUUUGUUCAUUAUUCUCCAUAAAUUAAAGAGACUGAAAUUAAGUCUCUAGAUAUUUAUUUUAUAA